AAAAUUAUAAAAAAAAUACUGAAAAAUAGUGAAAAAGUAGUUUUUUUAACAAAUUAAAAAAUUAACGAUAGACAAGUAACUUACUAACUUAAAAAAUAAAAAAAAAUCAACGAAAAAAGGACAAAAUAUUAAAAUGUCGUUCAAUACUCAUUUGGUGAUAAGUGUAGUUAUCAGAUUAUUUUUGAUAAAUUACGGUGAAAUACAGGAUUCGGUAUCGGAGGUGCCAUACACAGAUGUCGAUUAUCGCGUUGUGACCGACGGAGCGAGACACGUACUUGAGGGCAAGUCUCCCUUUAAGCGUCACACGUUCCGUUAUACGCCAAUUUUGGCUUAUUUGCUCCUGCCAAACCACUGGAUCCACAAUUGCUUCGGAAAAGUCCUCUUUUCCUGCUUCGACAUCUUAAUUGGGAUCCUCAUAAAGAAGAUCGUGUGUGAAGAAUUUCUUCAUUCGCGCACUGUGGUCGACAACAAACUCAAAAUUGCCGAGAAGCUGAACAAGAAAUACAUUCGCCGAAGACAAAGUGAACUCAAAACGAACCAAUUACCGCCGAAAUUCAUCCAAAUUGCCGAAUAUUGUGCUUAUUUCUGGCUGUACAACCCCUUUUCGAUGGUAAUCGCCACACGAGGGAAUGGCGAUGCAGUAUCCUGUGCUUUGGUCCUUGCUGCCCUUUAUUACUUGCUGAAACAGGAACAAAGCGAUUUUAAUCAAUUUUUCGUCGCUGGACUCUUUUUGGGGACUUCCAUCCAUUUCCGGUUGUAUCCGAUCGGUUUCACGUUCGCUUGUUUCCUCGCCCUGUCCAAAAUUAACGUCAUCGAUAAUUACAAGGAUUUUACAAAUGUCUUCCUGCAGAUCAACCGGAAGCAGUUAAGUCUCAUUUUUGGCACAAUUGCAGCUUUUGUGACACUCACAAGUGCCAUGACCGCCUUUUACGGCUUCGAUUAUCUCUACGAGUCGAUUUUGUAUCAUCUGGUGAGGAAAGAUACGCGUCACAAUUUUUCGCUUUUCUUCUAUUUGCAAUAUUUGGGGUCGGAAUACACGAUUACUGCAGCGGAAAAGAUCCUCACGUUGCUCCCGCAAGUCAUCACGGUCUUUUUGAUCAGCAUCAAGUACGGAACGAAUCGCGAAUCGUUGCCUUUUUGCUUGUUCACGAUCGCUUUUCUCAUGGUGACGUACAAUUCGGUCGUCACGUCGCAGUAUUUCGUGUGGUUCCUGUCGCUGAUUCCGGUUUGCGCGAAAAAUCUGAGGGGAUUGGGGCUGAAGAGGGCGGUUUUUUUGCCAAUUGUGUGGUUUUUGGCACAAGGUGGAUGGUUGCUGCCGGCGUAUUUGCUCGAAUAUAAAGGAUGGAACACGUUUGACUUUAUUUUUCUGCAGGGAUCGGUGUUUUUCGUGGCGAAUAUUAUCAUUUUGUAUACCUUGAUUGCGACUUACGAUGUAUCGUAUAACUACAAAGUAACUUAAAAACAGAGAAAUUUAAUGUAAAUAAAUUGAAGAGUGUGAGAAAUAAAUGACAUUU